UUAUGAAGAUAUUACUGGGAUGAGUGUCUGGAAAAUAUUCUCUGGUCAUAAAUCAUCAGAACUGACUUCACGCCAACACGUCGCGAUCUAAAGAACCAGCUGAGGAGCCACGUCUGUCGUUCUGAAAGGUUACAGAGACAUAUUUGACGCUUUGAGGGUUGUUAUCCACACAUGGAGAAAACAUGUGCUCAACCUUCCCAGGAGCGACCAGCCCGACAGCAAAGACCUGCAGGCCGUUUGAGUCCCGUUACAUCUGCAUCAGACGAACAGCGUUUCAUAAAGAGAACAUCCCAGCAGCAGCAGCCACGGCGGUGGUGUUGUGAUGGUCUGGGCUGCUGAGCUGCAGACGGCGACAGCUGCGCGUUUCAUGUUCGUCCUAGAAGACGCGCUGGCGAGGAAGUCAGAGUGUCUCUGCUCGGAGACUGGAUGGACUUUUUCCUCUCACUGAGCUUUUUAACCUUUUCUCUUUUCUUUUUUUAACCUCUGUGAAACUUUGCCUCAUCUUAGCUUGAAACAAGAAGAAUAACUCAGUGUAUUUCACUACAUUCAUGCUUAAAACAUUAAACUCCUGCUACAACAGCCAAAGUAAUUUGCUUCUCGAGGCUUUACUGCCAUAAUACAUUCAGAAUAAGAGCUAAUAACUCAAGACAAUGAAAAUAAUAUACUGCCAAUAGAGAAAGAGAGAGUGUGUGUGUGUGUCACACUGCCGUGAGCCUCGUGCACCUGCUAACAGCGAACAGCGCAUCACUUUUUGUUUUUUUAGUUGUUGUUUUUGCUCGGGAGCAAACUAAAAAAAAAAAAACACUGAGCCUCUCCCUCUCUCUCUCCCACCUCCCAAUCAGGCACGCGCCUGCGCGGGCACCAGCAGCAUUUAAAGCGCGUUGCGCGCACACGGCCCGCCAGUCGACCCUCGGCGGCGGUCGGGACCAUGAGCACGAGGAUCUCCGGGCAGCUCGGCGCGCCGGCACCCUGUCUUGUGCCCUCGUGCGGGACGUGACGCUCCCGGGCGGCAUGGCGGAGCCGUGGAACCAGAGCGCCGCGUGGAACCGCUCCUCGGCGGGCACGAGCCGUUUCAGCAGCCUGGACGACAUCGACGUGCCCGCGGACGGCUCCCCGGCGCUGCGCAUCCUCAUCUCGGCCGUGUACUCGCUGGUGUGCGCCGCGGGGCUGUUGGGAAACCUGCUCGUCUUCUUCCUGAUGAAGGCGCGCGGCGGCCGGAAGAAGCGCUCCAGCAUCAACCUAUUCAUCCUCAACCUGGCCGUCACGGACUUCCAGUUCGUGCUCACCCUGCCGUUCUGGGCCGUGGACACUGCGCUGGACUUCAGCUGGCCAUUCGGCAGCGCCAUGUGUAAGAUAGUGCUGACAGUCACCGUCAUGAACAUGUACGCGAGCGUCUUUUUCCUCACGGCCAUGAGCGUCACGCGCUACUGGUCGGUGGCCUCGGCGCUGAAGGACCGGACCCGGCGCCGUGUGUGCCCGGUGCGCUGGGUUAUCGCCGCGCUGUGGCUGUCCGCGGCGCUCGCGUCCCUGCCCACGGCGAUCUUCUCCACGGUGAAGAGCGUUGCCGGCGAGCGCCUGUGCCUGCUCGCCUUCCCGGACGGUCAGGCUUGGCUCGCGCUGCACCACCUGCAGAAGAUCCUCGUGGCCUUUGUGUUCCCCAUGCUCAUCGUCAGCGCGUGCUACCUGCUGCUGCUGCGCUUCGUCCGUCUGCGCAGCAUGAACAACAACCAGGUGAAGCGCAGGUCCAGAGUCACGCGCUCCGUCACCAUCGUGGUUCUGUCGUUCUUCGUGUGCUGGAUGCCGAACCACGCCAUCACCUUCUGGGGCGUGCUGGUUAAGUUCAACGUGGUCAACUGGGACAAGACCUUCUACAUGGUGCACACGUACGUGCACCCGGUGACCGUGUGCCUCGCGCACACCAACAGCUGCCUGAACCCAGUGCUGUACUGCCUCAUGCGCCGGGAGUUCCGGAAGAAAAUGAAGGACCUGUUCUGGAGGAUCUCCUCUCCCUCGGGGCCGAGCACGUGCCACCUGCGGCCGUUCUCGGGGACGGUAAGGGCGGAGCCGGAUGACACGCAGGUGGCCAUCCCGCUGAACAACGUGGAGACAGAGAACUGCCGCCUGUCGGUGCUCACGGACCAGUGCGCCACGGACGCGCUGCGCAGGUGAAGAGAGGGACGGACCGCGCCGAGCUGCAGAGCCGUGGACGUGACGUGUUUUGAUCGACGGGCGGCUCGGGACUUUUGUGACUUUGCAUCAAAGGGAUUUAUAAACGCUCACAGUCUGAAGCUGUGGCGUGGACAGAGAGCGGGGCCGUGCGUAAAUACGCGGUGCGUAAAAGCGCACAAAGCCAUCUCUGUCCUGUGACGUGUUCAGAAUCAGUUCUCUGUGCAGACUUGAUGUUGGGGGGUGGGAGGUGUCGGGUGGGGGUCAUGCUGCUUCUGCUGCUUCCCGCGUUCUUCUGUGGAGUGUUUUUGGCGCUCGUGGCUGCUGUGUGUUCUGUAACUACGUGAAUGUAAAAAAUCUAAAGAAACCUUAAAAACAUGUUUCAGAAUAAAAGCAUUAGUGUUGGCAUCAGUGUCGCUGCUGUUUGGUGACCGCGGACAGGCGGGGGAGGGGUCCGGUCCACUGACUCCUGGCUCGCUCACAUGACUCACAGGCGCGCGCUUGCGGUUCCCCUCUCUACAUCUCGGCAGUGUGCACGAAGAGGAACCGGGAAAACGUCAGAAACGCUGAUUAAUGACCGCACUGUGGUCACCGAUUCCCGGGUGGACUUUCUUUGACCCCGCAUAUGUUUUAGAGUGUGGAUAGUUUCCUCUGCCGGUGACGGCAGCAGAAAUUAAAACCU